AGACAAAAUUGAAAGGGGGUGUGAGAAAGUGAAAAUGGGUGUGGAUAUGACCUAUCCAAGAUAGUCCGUUUCUGGGGAAUUCGAGGAUUAUUUUGGGCUCCCUGGCCUACGCACCACUGUCCAGACCUCUCUUCCUCUGUCCCUCCAGUUCUCGACAGCUCCGUGAAGACCAAGGCUAACCCUAAGCCGAGGGAGGACGACGUCGAGCUCGAAUAAGGAGAGAUGGUCGCCGAUCUACACCUUCCCUACCCGCGAGGAGUUCUGGAGGUGACUUGAUUUUUCAAUCGGAUUCCCAAAAACAUGGCCAUAAAAUUGCAAAAAUGUGGGGAAAGAUUAGGUUUUGGGUUGAUGAAAUUGACCCGGAAUUACUGUUCAACAGAACCCAUGAGGCAAUUUUCCGACCCAACAAAAAGAAUUUGCAAAAUCAUGAUGUCCUGCCCAACACUUGCUCUUGAUACCGCCCUUGACCAAACCGGGAUUCGAAUUUCACCCAAAAUGGUAGAGGAAGUUCUCAUGAGAUUCAACAAUGCCGGUAUGGUUGCAUACCGGUUCUUUGAGUGGGCGGCAAAGCAGCGAAAUUAUUCACAUAGUGUUAAGGCCUACCAUGCUAUGAUUGAAUCUUUGGCCAAGAUCAGGCAGUACCAGAUCAUGUGGGAUCUUGUGAACUCGAUGAGGGCGAAGAGGAUUCAGAAUAUGGAGACGUUUGGAAUCAUUAUGAGGAAGUAUGCCAGGGCACAGAAGGUUGAGGAAGCGCUUUAUACAUUUAAUGUUAUGGAGAAGUAUGAUUGUGCUCCGAAUUUAGCAGCGUUCAAUGGCCUGCUGAGUGCUCUGUGUAAGUCCAAGAAUGUUAGGAAGGCUCAGGAGGUUUUUGAUAAAAUGAAGGAUCGGUUUGAGCCAGACUCAAAGACCUAUAGUAUAUUGAUCGGCGGAUGGGGGAAGGAUCCGAAUUUGCCUAAAGCGAGGGAGGUGUUCAGAGAAAUGAUUGAUGCGGGUUGCAAUCCUGAUAUAGUGACUUAUGGUAUCAUGGUUGAUGUUCUUUGCAAGGCAGGGAGGGUGGAUGAAGCUAUUGAUAUAGUUCGGGGCAUGGAUGAUGGUGGUUGUACACCGACGUCUUUUAUUUAUAGUGUUUUGGUGCAUACGUAUGGGGUUGAAAACAGGAUUGAAGAUGCUGUUGCUGCAUUCUUGGAGAUGGAAAGGAAUGGAAUAAGGGCUGAUGUGGUUGUGUACAAUGCCUUGAUCGGCGCUUUUUGUAAGGCUAACAAGUUCAAGAACGUCUAUAGGGUCUUAAACGAUAUGAAUUCCAAAGGUGUUACUCCCAAUUCGAGGACUUGCAAUAUCAUUUUAAAUAGUUUGAUUGACCGUGAAGAAACUGAGGAGGCAUUUAGUGUCUUCCGCAAAAUGAUCAAAGUAUGUGAGCCAGAUGCAGAUACGUAUACAAUGAUGAUAAAGAUGUUUUGUGAGAGAGAUGAGUUGAAGAUGGCUCAUAAAGUCUGGAAGUACAUGAAGUUGAAGCAGUUUGUCCCAAGCAUGCACACAUAUUCAGUCCUUAUAAAUGGAUUUUGUGAGAAGGGAAACGCUUCAAAGGCUUGUGUCUUACUGGAAGAGAUGAUAGAGAAGGGGAUUCGGCCAGCAGGUGUGACUUUUGGGAGAUUAAGGCAGUUGCUGAUAAAAGAAGGAAGAGAAGAUGUACUCAAAUUUUUAAACGAAAAAGUUAAUCUUCUUGUCAAGGAGCCUUUAUUCGAUUGAAGACUCAACACCAUCAACUAAGAAAACUUGGACUGUUUGGUAUUCUUAGUCCAACAGAAUGAGUCCUGGAGUACAAGUCCUAUUGUUACUGCAGAAAGAAAAAUCAACUUUUGCAGUGGAUGUGUGGUGUUCAUUGCUACGUGGUUGUGGGGAGUAAUGAUUUAAGCACCGGGCUCUGAGAUGUUGAUGGAAAUGCAUUCUUGAAGCUAUAUAUUACCACAGCUGUAAUCCUAGAUUUCGUACAAUUAUAUUGUGCUUCAGGCGCACAAGGGAAAGGUUGCUCCUUUGUGACCAAUGGUCAUGGGUCAUGGAAACAGCCUCUUUGCAAACUAAGGGUAAUCCUGCGUACAACAGAUGUUCUCGCAAAGUGGGAAGCCUUGUUUGCUUGGGUAUGAUUUGUGAGAGUAAUCAGUAUUUUUUUCGAGAUAGAAUGUAAUCAGUAAUGUUGUGCUUUAUCUCAUUGUUUGCUUCUUUUGUACAAUACGAUGAUUUCUCUACCUGCUACGGGUGUCGUUGUGGUCUGAGGGCUCAAAACAUCAUUUUUGUUUUGUACUGGUUGACUUUAUCGUUUGAGUGAUUGCCUCGUUCGUU